GGCGGCGUCUCGCUGAACGCACGCGUCUCCCUCCUGCAAGGUCCCGGCUCUAGCGAGCAGGUGCCUUCUCGUCGCCUCUCCUGCCGCGGCUGCUUAAAAACACAGAAAAGCUCCCCGAAUCGCUAACUAGAGGACAGCGCUGAGCUUCCUCCUCUUCUUCUUCCUCCUCCUCCUCCGCCCGUCGUGGCGAUGAAGCACACCCAGAGCGUCUCCUGUCCCCCCUCCGCGGUGAAGCCGGGCGCCGGGAGGCCCCCCCACGGCGGUGCCCAGGGGGCCGGAGCGGGCGGCCGGCCGCUGCUCCCCGAGAGAGAGCCCUCCCCGGCACCGGUGCCCCCCCGGCCGCCCCCCCGCCUCCACCGGGAGGAGCGGGAAGCCUUCUUCGGCCUCCUGGAGGACGACGUGAUACAGGAGUUCCUGUCCAUGGACGUGUGCUACCGGAUUUCGGAUAAGUAUCUUCUGGCGAUGGUGCUGACGUACUUCCAGCGCGCCGGGCUGCCCACCAGCGAGUACACCAGGAUGAACCUCUUCGCCGCCCUGUACCUCGCUAACGACAUGGAGGAGGAUGAGGAGGAGCACAAGUACGAGAUCUUCCCCUGGGCCCUGGGCGCCGGCUGGCGACAGCUCUUCCCCCGCUUCCUCAAGCUGCGCGACGGCUUCUGGGCGCGCAUGAGCUACCGGGCGGCCGUCAGCCGCCACUGCUGCGACGAGGUCAGCCGCCGCGCGGAGCCGCACGGAAAGUCCCGAGGGGAGGAAAUUCCCCAUCGGAAUUACUUUGAGACCCCAAAAUAUAACGAUAACCGUGUGCAAGGUGCGGCUCUGCCUGCGCGGCCGGAAUCCGGGUCGCGGCCGGUGGCAAAUCCAUGUUUUCUCGGCUGGAAGUCAGCGCCUGCUCAUCAAGCUCUGCCGCUUUCUGCCUCAAACGGCGAUUUCCCGGCUCAGGCCCAAAAUUCCCCGAAUCCGGUGGUGAAUCCGGACAUAAAUCCAGAGGAGAAAGCAGUGAAAAGAGGGGCGAUCCUGGCGCCUCCGGCUUUGAGCCGCGGGAUCCCUUCGGCCGUGGGCGGAUCCCUUCGGCCGCCACCGGCUGCACUUCCCCCGGGAGCCCUUAGCGCCGUUCCGGUGACGAAACCCACGGAUUUGGGGAAUUUUCUCUUUUUUUUUCGCCGCAGAUCAUGGCCAAGGAGCCGUCGCACUGGGCCUGGCUGCGGGAGCGGCCCCCCCACCACAGCGGGGCCACCAGGAGCUACGCCAAGGACGACAGGGACUUCCUGCCCCGCGGCCCCGGCGUCACCCCCCCCAGCUGCCCCCUCUGCGCCGGCCGGCUCCCCGCUGAGGAAGAGGAGGAGGAAGAGGAGGAGGAGGAAGACGAGGGUGCCGCGCCGGCCGCCCCGCCGCCCGCCGACCUGCUCAUCCUCCCGCCCAGCGUCGCCCUGCGCCCCGUGGCCGCCUACCGCCUGCGGGCGCCGCGGGAGCCGGAGGCCACGCGCCGGGGCGCCGUCCUGGCCUGGCCUUCCGUGGGAUGACGCCGGAGCGAUGCCGGAGCCGCCGCCGGAGCCGGAUCCGCCUGGUCCUGCUCCUCGGAGACCUGCCUUGGUCUCGCUUCUCUCCGAGCACUUUACGGACUCGCCCCGCUCGCGUGAACGGGCAACGCAAAGCGUCGCAACGUAAUUAUUCCGGUGCCGCGUGUGUGGAAAAGGGGGGGGGAAAGAACGGAUUUGCACGGAAACCACUGGACAACACUAAUAAAAACCUCCGGGAAAAGC